CUGGGGCGAGAUCGCUGCUCUGCUCCUGGGUGAUGCAGUUAUCUGGCUACACAGAGAUCAUUCGACUGGCUGCUUGUUUUGUCUUCUAUUGCUAUGUUAAGAGCUCUUCUUACCCAAGCAUUUCCUCAACAACGCUAUUCCGGCACUGAUACACGUCUUUUUGUUGUUGCAUUUAGUGUAGUGUAAAGGAAUAGAGUGAAACAUGCGCGGUAACUGCGACAACUGUCUGUGUUAUGAUCUCUGCUAAUUAAAAAUCAUUUGCAGAUUUAUUCGGUGACACAAAGUGUAUUUAAGGGAUGGUGUCUGCCUGGGUGACAGUACGUCACCAUACUGACGCAGCCCACAUAUGGGAUAGAACAGUAACAACCGUCUGAGUAUAUUAAUACCCACUUCCAUCACAAAUUUUCUUAUAAAAGUAGAAAGUAGACUGAAACAGCAUGACAAAAUUAGUAUUUCUGACAUCCAUGUGGAUUCUCAUGACGUCACAGUCGCAAGCCAGGAAUGGAAAAGAAAGUCCUAUGGUUAACGUGACAGCUGUGAUGGAGGGAGAAGCUCUACUACCCUGUGACGUCUCCACUACCUUGGAAGACGACCAUCCAGUCCUUGUUAUGUUUUAUAGCAAGGACUCGGGCACUCCCAUCUACACAGUUGACCUCAGGAACCGGCGGAUCACCCAGCCCAAACACCAACCACUCUCCGUGCUCAAAAACAGAGCCAGGUUUGACCUAACCCCAGGCCAUUCUGGUCUCUACCUGGAAACAGUCUGGAGCUCUGAUGAUGGUCUCUACCGCUGCAGGGUAGAUUUUAAGAAAUCCCCUACCCGCAACUCAAGAAUCUACCUCACAGUGAUAGUGCCACCAGACAGCGUACGAAUCCUGGACGUAAAUGCAAACGAGAUGAGCUCAACAAUUGGCCCCUACGUACUGGGGAUGACACUCACUCUCAAGUGUGUAGCCACAGGAGGUCGACCAGCACCGCGGGUGACGUGGUGGUCGGGGCACACUGAGGUGCCAGGAGAAGUAUUGGAGGCACCCAGGGAGGUGAUCAACACAUUGAGAGUGCCCUCACUCCAACGACACCACCUUCAUCACUCAUUCAUAUGCCAGGCCAACAAUGCUGAGUCGGCCGUCCCCGUCACCGCUGCUGUCACCAUUGACAUGACCUUGCCUCCUAUGUCCAUCGAUCUCAGGGGCGUUGAUGGACCAAUCUCCGCGGGAGUGGGUUUAACGAUGGUGUGUAUUGUGGUGGGGGCGCGACCCCCACCCACAGUAAGCUGGUGGCUGGAUGGACGACCACUGAAGUCCAGCGGAGAGAGACAACUGGACGAGGGUAACGUGACUGAGAGCAAGGUGGUGAUGGUAGCCACUCCUGAGGACCAGGGUCGUUACCUAUCCUGCAGGGCGGAAACUCCAGGUCUGCUUCAGUCAUCCCUCGAAGAUGGCACCAAGCUAGUUGUUCACUACGUUCCAGAGGUGCACAUCAGCCUGGAUUCACGCCUCCAGCUGCACGACAUCAAGGAAGGUAUGGACGUGUACUUCACCUGCUCCGUCUCUGCCCUUCCCGCUCCUACUGCCGUCUUCUGGUACCACAACAGUGAGCAACUUGGAGUCAAUAGUAGCAGUAGUAGCAGCAUCAGCAGCAGCGGGGUGGUUGUGGUGUCCAACAUGAGUCUAGUACUGCAGAAGGUGGAGCGUUAUACUUCGGGCAGUUACACCUGCAGAGCAAGCAACACUGAGGGCCAGGGUGUCUCCAAUCCCAUCCUGUUGCAGGUUAAAUACUCGCCUGUGUGUCGGCCUGGGCAGCGCUGGGUGUACGGAGUCGCUCGCAACGAGAUGGUUAACGUCACCUGUGAAGUGGAUGCCCACCCACAGCAAGUGACCUUCAGCUGGGUGUUCAACAACACCGUGGCGACCACCGACAUCCCCGAGGUUCACAUAACAGACAAUCUGACUCUUAGUAUGGUAA